AUGGCAAAUGAUUUAGUGUGUGAAAAGAAAUCAACACGUUUUUUGAAAAUUCCUUUGAAAUCAACUGAACAGAUUUAUUUAAUUUUUUUAAUUCCAACAUUGAUCAAUUGUUUUGUAUAUAUAAUUCAUUUUUCUGCUGAUUUAGUAGUUGCUAUACAGCAUUUUAAAGAACAUAACGUAGUAUGGGGUUGUUGUACCAUUGGUUUUAUGUAUGCACCAGCAAUUGCAUACUUUAUGUUAACUGUUUCAAGACCAGAUUGGUGGAUGUCAAAUGACGAUAAAUUAACGAAGAAUAUCUUUUACUGGUUUUCUAUUCAACUUUGUCAAUUGAUGGCCUUUGUUUUUUUUUCUCUGUAUAGGUAUGCAGUUCUUAUAGUAUUAUCUAUUGAAGCUAUUAUUUUAAAUGGAAGAGAGAGGACAGAGACUUUAAAUAUAGCAAGUGCUCCUGCAGCUAUAGAAUUAUAUUUCUUUUUGCAAGCAUGGUUUCAAGCAGUUCCUCAAGCUCUUUUUCAAACACACUUACUUUUUCGUGAAUCAUCAUUUUACCAGACUCAUCAAUCUGUAGUUGUAAAGGUGCUUUCUAUUAUUAUGUCUGUUGUAAUACUUGCUAUUCAAACUACCUCUUUUCAAAGAUUUGAAAGUCAACGUAUUAAUGGUAGAAAAUUACCAUGGGCAAUGUGGUUAAAAAAAUAUUGUGUUCAGGAACUUCAUGAUUUUGAAGAAAGAGAACCUCUGAAAUUAUCUGAUAUAAAGAGAAAUAACACUAUAGAGGAUUGUCGGGAAGAAAAAGAAUCUAUAAAAAUUCAACAUGAAGAUAAAGAGCAAUCUAAUUCCCACAUUACUUUAGAUCGUCAAGUGUCUGUGACACCUCCUUUACCACCUAAAAAUGUAUAUAUCACACCACCUCCAACUCCUUUACGUGGAAUUACUACAGUUACACCUUUGCCUAUACCAGAUGUACCAGCUCCACCAAGACCAGAUUCUAUAUGUACAAUUCCAGAAAAUUCAGAAUCUGAAAAAUUAUUUACUAAAGCAAUAUCUAUUGGAGAUACAAAAAAAAGCAUAAGCACUACACAAAAUUUAAAAGUUCCACAACGGAGAUAUUCGACAAAAGGUUUAGAAGAAGAUGAUCCUGUAGGAAAAUUUUUAAGUUUUUUAUGGUGGUUUUUUUUUAUUUUAGCACGUAUACUUACUAUUGCCACGUUUCAUGAAUUUUAUCCAUUUUACUUAUCUAUUGUGCUUGGUAUACAUUAUAGUAUUAUGUUAAUAUAUCUUUUUUAUUAUACAAAAUAUUAUGACAUUAUUACUUUUUUUCUUAAUUUAUGGUUAGGAUUAAUAUAUAUAGUUAGUUUAAUUGAAUAUAGAAUUAAAUUUAAAUAUGCAGAUAAGUGGGUAUUGCCAUAUUAUAUUUUUGUAUUAAUACAAAAUACGUUCUUAACUUUAUCUUGGUACUUUUACGCAGAUUGGGAUGGAUUUUGGUAUACUUAUAUAUUUUAUGUUAUUUUUGGAGCUAUGACACUAUGUGUUUUAUCAACUAUAAUUUAUUGUGCUUUACUUAAACCAAAGAAACAUAGGAUUUAUACCACUAUAAUUCUUUGGUCUAAUCUCAUAUUUCGGAGUUUUGCUGCAACAUUUCGUCCAAUUGCAUCAAAUUCAUCUUCCAUUACGAAUGAAUUAUUGUGCGAUAUUUUUAAAAGAUCAGAACAUUCAGCUUCAUCUAACUUACGUCUACGAAUUAAUGAACUUUCUGACCAUUCAUUAGAUUGA